GAUCCCAUGCAGGGACUGCCCUGCCUCUGCCCGGCCCUGCGGCACUGCUGGCAGCGGGGGCCCUGCUCCAUGGCCGAGGGCUCGGGCACGCAGGCCCCGGGGAGAGAGCCCCCGCUCGGCGUCCAGGGCCUGCGAGCCCAGUACUUGCGGAGGCAGCAGAGGGCCCAGGCCCAGCUGGUGGUGCUCCCGAAAGGAGGGUACACGCCCGCUCCUGCUGAGUCCAUGGUCAGUCCUGUUUGGAUUAACAAGGAGAGAAGGCGUUCACUGUCCCUGGAGGAGACGGAUCCUGAGGCAGAGGGGAUGCAGGAGGAGGCUGACAGAGGCUGUCUUCAGGCUCUCGAGUCUCCGUGGAACACGCACCUAGAGAUGUACCGCUGGGUACAGACCUUCCACCAGGAAACCGGCCUUCAGGUAAAACACAAGGCCAAGCUCAUGGGGUCUGAGCAAAGGCUCCCUCAGGAAGGAGACCCAGGCUUGUUCGAAAACAAUCAGAUGACUCAGCAAGGGACCACCAUCCCCCGAACAGUCCAGCGAGAAUGUCAGGUGGGCCGUGCCCAAACAAAGGCAGUGGGAUCUGGCGUAAAUGUAGGCAUUCAGUGCCCUCCUUCCGUAAAGAACCCAGGCAGGUCUGGAAAAGCAGCUCACUAUCCAUUUCCCCAGAGGAAAACUCCUAGGAUCUCUCAAACUGCCAGGAAGCUGGGCUUGUACGGCCCAGCCUGAAGCUCUCUGCUCAGCCAAUGUCUCAGCAAUGAAAGCACCGGUGGCCUCAUCAAAGAACCAGGAGACGGAGCCACAACUCGGACCUCUAGCUAUGAGCCAAGACUGGACUAACUCAGUUGCAGGGAUUUUGAACUUCAUGGUGGACAUAGGGUCUCGCCCUUUAAAAAAGAAGAGCCUGCCUAGGCCAGAUGGCCCAUGGUCCAGGAUGGAAGAGCGCUGUGUGAUCAACGUGGCCUUAUUCUGCUUGUCUACGAAGACAUCGCUACGGAGCCCUAGAUGCCCACUCCUUGGGAAGGCCCAGUAGGACAUCUUCUCCAUCCCUAGAAACGGAAACUUUGAAACAUGACACAGGCACCCUAGCCAAUGGAAUGCCUUAGCAGGGCCCCGGAAUCAAUGAGCGUUGGGCAUUCUUGUUUCCAGUAUCUUCUGAUCAUCUGGAUGAGCUCUGAGAAUUGCCUUUUUCUGGUUACUGUGCCUGGAGGCCAGCUCACUGAGAAGGCACUACAUUCAUUGGUAGUGACCAUAUUAUUUCAGCUGAGCCUCCCAAACUGUGGUCACUCAGGGUUUAAAAAAAACCACCCUACUAUUUUGUGUGUUUAAGGGCGUUCGGGAAGGGUGGCCAUCUCUUCCCUCUCACCGAGACUGCACGUUCCAAUGUCACCACAGGUGUAUUUCCUUCUCUCCUUCCCUCUGUUCCUCCCUCCCUCCCUCCCUUCCCUCCAUCCAUCCCAUUUGUCUGUUUUUGUACUCUCCCUACCUUUCUCUCUCCUACUAGCUCUCUCCUAAUUAAGUUCUUAUAAACACUGCUGGCCAUUGAAGAUAAAUAGUAAGAGGAGCCUAAGUAGGAAACCAAAAAAAAAAAAAAAAAAGAAAG